UUGGAACGGUGGGCUGCAGCGAUUGGGGAGCGGUACCCAGCCUCCGGAGGUCCAACAUGGGCACACAUGCAGCGAUAGAGGACGGAUCUAAACGAUUCGCAUCUCCGGAUCGAUACACCAGCAUCUCUCCUCCACGACUCUCUCAGCUGUCUCCGAGCUCCUCCCUGGGCUCCCCUCCCUCUCCCCACGGCUCUCCGCUGUCCGCCCACCUCUCCCUCUCUCCUCAGCUGUGUCCAGCUGUGUGUCCGCAGCUCUCCCCGAGCCGCGAGCUACCGCAGCUCUCUGAGAGACAGCUGUCCGUGCUGGAGGCGAGCUUCCUUGUGAACCGCAACCCGCGCCACAGCGACCUGCUGCUGCUCGGCGCCGAGCUGGAGAUGGACCAGCCGCAGAUCAAGCGCUGGUUCUGUCACCGCCUGGCCUGCUGGAGACAAGAGCAGGGUCUGCAGCCCAACGGACGCCGUGUGGACAUGAUAACGGACGGCGAUCGGGACUCGAAGAGGCUAAACAGAGGUGUCAGUGUUGAGGUAGCGCAACGUGACAUAAAGAAACGCCACUGAUGUUACCUGACAGCAGAGCGGCGGGUGACACUGCUCUCAGACGCGGUUACGAGACGGUACAAAAAUAAUUGAAGAAAAGGUGCGUGCAGAUUGGAAGGACAGAUCAUGCAACGCCCGAAUUGUGGGGACUGAAUGAAGCGAGUAGCGACACAGGUGUGUUGAGUGUUGGCAGUUGCCACACGUGCGUUACGAUGUGGUGCGAGAAGUACCGUAGUGUAUAAACAGUAAGCACAGUAUAGAGAAGCCAUAGAAGUAAGGCUUUGGGGGAGCGGUGUUCAAAGUGACCAUUGCAUGAUGUUUUUUUUCAUGCGGUGGCAGUAAUGUGGUAGACACCGCAGGCUCUGUGUGCACCUUGUUGCAGACGUGAGACGCACAGCGUAUGGGACACGUAUGUUUCACUGUCAUGAGUGAUAAGUAAACAACUGGCGCAGGACUAUAUGAACUACACAUAAUUUCCUGAUAAAUUCUAUCGAUCAUUUU